AUGAGUUUUAUUAGAAAACGCCUGCCGAUAUCCGCAGUUUCCAUAGACCUGUUAGUGAUAGUCCUUUUCUUGCUUAACCAUACAACUGAAGCUCAGCAGCCUAAAUAUGUCUACCACUUCUGUCCAAACACCACCACUUUCUCCAUAAACAGCGCUUACCAGGCCAAUCGCGAUGGCUUAUUAUCUUCGCUGUCGUCUAAUGGCACCCGGGGAGAAGUUUUCUACAAUACCACCUCAGGCAGGAACCCUGACAUGGUAUACGGUCUUUUUGCAUGUCUUGAGGGUCUUUCUACCAGCGGAUGCCAAGAGUGUGUCGCCUAUGCUGCAACCGACAUAUAUCAACAUUGUCCUGUUGAAAUAAAGGCGGUGAUUUGGUACGAUGGAUGCCUGCUACGAUACUCCAAUCAAAAUAUAGUUUCCAUUGUGGCUGAAGCACCUAGAGUUGCCUUCAUUAAUGAUAAGGCUGUGAUAGUGACUAUCACUGAGCAAGACCGUUUCGAUCAGUAUAUUCGGAGUAUAAUUAAUGAUACUAUUAGCCUGGCUGAAAUUGAACACGCAGGGCCCAAAAAUUUUGCGACUAGAGAGAAGAAUAUUUCAAGUUUUCAAACACUGUACAUCCUUGUCCAGUGUACACCAGACUUAUCAGGAACUGAUUGCAGUAGAUGUCUGCGAGGAGCAAUGGCGUAUCUUCCAACCGGGCGGGAAGGCGGGACAUCUUUGACUCCUAGCUGUAUCGUCAGAUAUGAAUUUAACCCCUUCUAUAAUCAAACAGCAGUUGUUGCUCUGCCUCCUUCAGCCCGAGAAGAAAAGAAACAGAACAAUUCAAUCCAUAUCCGAAUACUUGUUGCAAGUUUAUUCACGACUUUUGGGCUAGCUGUGGUUUCUGCCUCUGGUUUUUUCAUCUGGAGGAGGAGAAACACUCAAGAGGAUGGAGAAAAUAGCAAAGAAGUCCAAUUACUUGACUUGGUAGGGGGAAGAAUUCCCCAUAAGCACUCAAGGGAUACUGUUGGUGGGGAAAAUCUGGGGGAGUCUCAAGAGUUUCCUUCUAUUCGAUUGGAUAUUUUACUUGCGGCGACAAAUCGAUUUUCUGAUGAUAAUAAGCUUGGAGAGGGAGGAUUUGGUCCUGUAUACAAGGGCACUCUAGCAGAUGGUAAAGAAAUUGCAGUUAAAAGGCUUUCAAGAGCUUCAGAUCAAGGGCUGGUUGAGUUGAAGAAUGAAGUCAUGUUAAUUGCUAGAUUACAACAUAGAAAUCUUGUGAAGCUCUUAGGAUGUUGCUUAGAGAAAAACGAAAAGUUGCUUGUAUAUGAAUUCAUGCCCAAUAGAAGCCUUGACGUCUUCUUGUUCGAUUCAAACUUGGCAGCACAACUUGAUUGGCAGAAAAGAUUCAUCAUUAUUAAAGGAAUAGCCCGUGGUAUCUUGUAUCUACAUGAAGAUUCUCGUCUUAAAAUUAUACACAGAGACCUUAAAACAAGCAACAUUCUACUUGAUCAUCAAAUGAAUCCGAAAAUUUCGGACUUUGGAAUGGCAAGACUUUUUGGUGAAGAUAAAAACGAAGCAAACACCAAUAGAGUAGUUGGAACAUACGGAUACAUGGCACCAGAAUAUGCUAUGGAAGGGCUGUUUUCUGUCAAAUCCGAUGUGUUCAGUUUCGGAGUUCUUUUGCUAGAGAUUAUAAGUGGAAAAAAGAAUAAUGGUUUUCAUCUUGCAGAACGCGGUGAAAGCCUGCUGACAUUUGCAUGGAAACUAUGGUCCAAGGGUGAAGGAAUGAGGCUAAUACAUCAGCUCCUUGUUCCGACCUGUGUGGCUUCUGAGGCGCUUAAAUGCAUUCAUAUUGGGUUAUUGUGCGUGCAAGAAGAUCCUGAAGACAGACCCACCAUGUCAUCUGUGAUUGUCAUGUUGGCAACUGAUACCAUAACUCUUCCCCGUCCAGCAGAACCUGCGUUUUCUGUUGGACGCGCCGUUGCACCACCACUUGAACUAACAUCAAGCCAAGGGCUCAUUUCAAUUAACAUGCUCACAAUUUCAAACCUAUCGCCGCGUUGA